AUGUUAUUCUUUCUUCUCCUCUCUCUGUUCCUCUUCUCGCCUUCUUUCUCGUCUCCCACUCUUUCGGCCACCGUCCGCUGCAACCCAUCAGACAAAAACGCCCUACUGGCGUUCCAGAAAUUCCUCUACAUCCCUAGCGACCUCCCUUCUUGGGACCUCCGUACUGAUUGCUGUAAAUGGACCUACGUUCACUGCGACCCCUUAACUAACAGAGUCACCCAACUCGUCAUCACCUCAAUCAAUACCGGCCAAUUCCCGGUGGCUCGGGGCCCAAUCCCAGCGGCCGUCGGCGACUUACCCUAUCUCGAAACCCUCUCCUUUAAUGACAUCAUCAACCUUACUGGCUCCAUUCCUUACUCCAUUACCAAACUUCAGAACCUCAAACGCUUGGUUAUCAGUGGGACCACUCUUUCUUCCUCCAUUCCUGAGUUCCUCGGCCAGCUCAAAAACCUCGAGUACCUAGACCUCUCAGCUAACGAACUCUUCGGUUCAAUCCCGGCUUCCCUCGGAAAUCUCGGCAGAUUGGUAAGUCUAGAGCUCCAGUCAAACAAACUCACUGGUAAGAUACCCAAUUCGCUGGGCCGAUUGAACCCAGAAGCGAUCGUUCUUUCAGAUAACAAGCUUUCGGGGGAUGCGUCAAUGUUGUUCAGCGCCGAUGGAAGGGCCAGAUGGAUCAAUCUUUCCGGGAACCGGCUCGAGUUUGACCUGUCCAAGGUGAUGUUUCAACGGAACUUGACGUUCCUGAGUUUAUCGUACAACAGAAUUGGAGGAAGCAUUCCGGAGCAGGUCACGGAGUUGAAUCUGAUACAAGUGUUUGAUGUGAGCUACAAUAGAUUGUGCGGAAAAAUUCCGGUCGGCGGGAGGUUACAGCAGCUCGGGGCGCCACCUUUUCUUCAUAAUCGGUGUUUGUGUGGUCCGCCCCUAUUCAAAAAGUGCAAAGCCUAAAUGCCAGCGUUACCGGUCUCGAAUUUUCC